UAUGAUGCCUUGGUAUAGGUUGAUUGACUGCACAUUAAUAAAAGUUUUAAGAGAUAAGGUGUUUUCCAAUUUAUUAUGUUGUUGUAGCAGUAUUAUCCCGGGUACCGAAGUAUUUAUAUUUACGCAUUUCAAGAUCAGUUCAGUAGUUUUACAUUAACCUUGACUUGACGCAUUUUGUAUCUGAUAAUUGGAAUAAAUAUUUGAAAUCGAGUUAGAUUGUUAAGGGAAACAGUAAACGUAUCAUGCAGUAACUAUUAUACAAAAUUCACGGUGAUACAGCUGUCACAUGAUUUGACAACAAAAUGGAAUGGGCAUGGUUGAAAGACUGGUGGAGACUGAAGAAAUGGAGAAAGUACAGGAGAACGAGUGAUACAGAGUCCAUGUGUUUUUGCGACGAAUGUCUUGAUAACGAAGGCGACCUGGAACUAUGCGAUCCAAACGACGAAAGCUUGAGCCCUCAAGACAUGGAGGAAGAUGGGGGCAAAGUUGUGAUAGUGGGGGUGUGCGCUAUGGAGAAAAAAACGCAAAGCAAGCCAAUGAAGGAGAUUCUGACUAGGCUGCAGGAAUUCGAGUACAUAAAAGUGACAGUUUUUGAAGAGGAUGUGAUUUUACAUUGGCAAAACUCUAAGGUAGGAUCCAGAGAUCGCGACACACACUGUAUGGCGCUGCCUAUAGUCACACGUACAGACCCUUACGUCUAUACGCUACAGAGCGGUACUACAAGUAAACCACUACCUGACAUACUUGAGUGGAUUUUUUCACCACCUAUUCAACUGCUAGAUCUCAUAACUGUUCAUCCUGGAUCUCUUAGUUGCGUGAAACCUGGCUCGUGUCCCAACCUGGAGAUCAACGACAACAACUGUGAGGAGGAGUGCCGGACCGACGCCGACUGCACGUUGCACCUGAAGUGCUGCUCCACCGGCUGCGGCACUGCUUGUGUGGACCCCACGCCGCCUGCCCAGCUGGUGACGCAGCAGCCGCAGCCUGCGUACACGGAGGGGCCCAUAGAAGCGCAAUGUAAGGUCACAGAGAUAUCAGAAAUCAUGUAUUCAUCACAAAAGAAUACACAUCGUGUGGUGAAUACUACAGAAUGCAUAAACUUAUCGGACUAG